AUGAAACAUGGAGUUGCUCCAACUGGUUCUCUCAGAGACGCUUCAUUAGGUAAACAGAAAGUACCGGCUCUACCUAACAACGCCAAUGACCCCAAUGGUACCAAUAUCAGAAAUUGUGAGACUACUAAUGGUAUGACAAGACCCUCUACAUACAUAAAACCUACCGUUCACAAAAAAGAUUACAUUGAAUACGAUUUUUCCACAAUGGAAGAUACUUAUGGUGGAUUUAUCACAGGAAAAAAUAUAGGUAAAAAUGGCGGAUCCGUGGGAAUGUCUUUAAAUGAGUGGAAAAAUCAACAAUUAGAGAAAAAAAGCAUGACACUUAACGAUGAUAAUGAUGGCGAUGAUUUACCGCCAUUAGAAAUUCAUAAUGCUCCCCAGUGCUACGAAUGUAAAUCCAUAGAAUUAGACAAAAAAAUGUUUGAAGUUUUUGGUUGUCGUGUUUGCAAAGCAUGUAAGGAAAAAUAUCCUGAAAAAUACUCUUUAUUGACCAAAACUGAAUGUAAAGAGGACUAUUUUUUGACAGAGCCAGAACUUGCAGAUUUGGCCUUAUUCAAGAGAAUAGUGAAGGAAAAUCCACAUAGUGGUACUUUCUCAAGAAUGCAACUUUUUUUAAGAUAUCAAAUUGAGGAGUAUGCUUUUAAGAAAUGGGGAUCCGAAGAAAAUUUAGAUAACGAAUGGCUUCGACGAGAAGAAAUGAGAAAAAAUAGAAGAGAGAAAAAAUUUAACAACAAGCUCAAGGAAAUGAGAAAAAAACUAAGAGCAGAGGAAUUGACUAAGAAUUUGAGAGCUGUAAGAGACAAAAAACACGUACAUAAUUGGUCUUUACCAGUUAAGAUCAAAAACAAUGACUCCGAAUCUAAUAACCUCUACGUCAAACGUUGUUUAGAUUGUGGAAUGCAAGUAGAAGAAUUUAUACUAUAG